AGAAGAACACUGAGCAUGUGGCAGCCCUACAUUCCUCAUUGUGUGUCCAAGCUCUCCCAUUGGUUCCAAACUGUGAGAACCUCCAACAAGCCCAAGACCCACACAUUCAUAUGGAGAUUUGGGAGUAUAAAUAGAGGAGCUGCAGCCAGUACAAAUCAGACCCACUCUACACAGAGAGAUCUACAGCACAGAGACACAGCCAUGGCACCAACCAUCACUUCAGCACUGAACAUCUCAAACGAGCACCUACCUCUGAACAACAAGCUGAGGAAGCCGAUGGUGGAGAAGAUGCGCAGAGAUCGUAUCAACAGCAGCAUUGAGCAGCUGAAGUCUCUCCUGGCUCCAGAGUUCCUCAACCAGCAGCCUGACUCCAAACUGGAGAAAGCAGAUAUCCUGGAGAUGACAGUCAGCUUCCUGAGACAAAAGCAGCAGCAGCAGUCUGCAUUCUCCUCCAGCUCAACAGCUGUCAAUCAAGGCUUUUCCAGAUGUGUCCAUGACAUUGUUCACUUCCUGUCUAAAGAAGAGGUGAAGACACAGAGCCAGAGAAAACUGCUGAACCACUUCCAGAAUCUGCAGCCAUCUUCAGACGAGAACAGGAGGGAAAGUGUUGUGGUUCAGCUGAGCUCUACAGAGCAGCAGAUCAUCAGCAAAGAGAAGAGUUCAGUUAAGAGCUCCCUCUGGAGGCCCUGGUGAAGAGGAGAUCAAGACUCAAAGCUGGAAACACAAGUCUAUGUGGACUAUUGUAUGUUUUUACUUCUGUGUGAACAGGACUAUAUUGUUAAAACUUAACAUCUUAUUAUUGUCUUAUGGCAAUAGACUGAUGCCUUUCUACUUCAAGAAAGAUUCUCCAUGAAGAUGCUGGUAGAAUCCAGUUGGGAUCUACAGUCUUGAUAAUGCAUGUUUAUGAUAAACACAAAUAUUAUAGAAAAACUGUUUUCAGUUUUUAGGGUAAAAAAACUCAUUUGAUCAUAUAUUUUGAUUAUAUUUGAUCAGUUUUUAUCACAUUUUAGAGAAUUGGUUGCCAGUUACACUGUGAAAUACAUGUACUAUGUACAUUCUGGAUGAAUACACUAGAUUUAUAUAGUGGUCUAUAAGCAUCAAAUGCCUUCUAUGAAGGUGAUCACAUUCUGAUUAAUACAGAAUUAUUAAGCGUUAAAUGUCCAUUUAUUUGAAAUGGGAUUUUACUGUCUUUUUUGUCAGUAUGUUGAUUAUUCAUCCCUUUUUUCUCAUUUUAUUU